AGCCUGAGUCCAAACCGAAGCCCGAGCCCGGCCGCGCGCGGAGCCGGAGUCCAAACCGGAGCCCGAGCCCGGCCGCGCGCGGAGCCGGGCGCAGGGCCCGCGGGAAGGCCCAGGCCGGACGGGCGCGGCGGGGCAGGGGCGCCGGCCGGAGCGCGAGGCCCCAGCGCUGGCCGAGUCCGAGGCGCCCCCCGCGCGCCCGCACGAUGCAGGCCAUGGACGCGGCCGUGGCGGAUUUGUACGAGGAGGACGGCAAGGACCUAGCGGGCUACGACUUCGAGCCGCUCCCCACUCUGCCGGAGGACGAGGAGAACGUGUCCCUGGCCGACAUCCUGUCGCUGCGGGACAGCGGCCUCAGCGAGCAGGAAGCGUGGGCCGUGUGCCUGGAGUGCAGCCUGUCCAUGAGGAGCGUUGCCCACGCGGCCAUCUUCCAGACCCUCUGCAUCACGCCCGACACCCUGGCUUUCAACACCAGCGGGAACGUGUGCUUCAUGGAGCUGCUCAGCGAUGACCCCGAGGGUGCCUUUGUUCCCCCGGAGUUCGAUGUGACCGGGAACACCUUUGAGGCUCACAUCUACUCUCUGGGGGCCACGCUGAAGGCGGCCCUCGAGUAUGUGGCCGAGCCCGAGCCCGAGCCCGAGCCCAGGCUGAGCCAGGACCUGGAGGCCUUACUGAGCCAGAUGCAGGCAGAGAACCCCAGGGACCGGCCAGACCUCCAGAGCAUCAUAGCGCUGUGUGAAAAGAAGAUGCUUUUCACGUCCUCCUGCCGCCUGUGCCGGAGCCUCUCGGCCGUCGGGAGGAGGGUGCUCUCCAUUGAGUCUUUCGGAGCAUUUCAAGAUGUCAGCGAGAGCUCCUGCAGCGGGAGGCCGGUGACAGGAAGCACAGGGCCCAGAAAGCAGCCCGGGGGCCGCACCGCAGACCCAGAGGGCCCGGCCCAGCGCCCCGCCCACGAAGCCCACGGCGCCCCGGAGCAGCCCGCGGCCCUGCCUUCCAAGCCCCUACUGUCGGCCCCCGUGAGAAACGGAGAGCGGCUGGCCAGCCUCGUCUUGGACGCCCAGCGCCCCCUGGGUGACCCGGAGAGGAGCUGCCUGAGGAAAGUGCAGACGUUCCCCAGGCUCCUGCCCGACGGCCCGGAGGCCAGCGCCCUCUGCCUGACGCUGGGCCCCCAGCUGCCCCCAUCGGAGCUCUUCCCUCCAGACCCCAGGAAGGCCUUUCUGGAGGGGAUGAAUGGCCUUUCCAGCUACAAGACACAGCCCUCGGCCAGACUGCAGCCAGAGCAGGAGCCCGAGAUCCGGCGGGGAGGACCCGGAGGCGCCGGCAGAGGUGGGGACGGGGCGUCUGGGGCGCCGGGCUGGGGCCCCACGGAGGAAAGCCCCGCGCCCCCACCCAAGGCCCCUGGAGAUGCAGGCCAAGAGCCCGGGACUUGCAGGGCUGAGGAGGGGAUUCUGGACGGAGCUGGGGAGCCGGCUAGCACAGCCACAGAGCAGGGCAUCUCCCUGCAGGACCUCCUGUGCCAGCUGGGCCGGCCCUUCAAGGAGUAUGAGCUCUGGGCUCUGUCCCACGCGUGUCUCAGUGCUCUGCGUGCACACAGUGAGCACCCAGCAUACCUGUGCCUGGACUCCGUGCUGGUGGCCGAGGACGGGGCCGUUCUCUUCGGCCCACCCCCUGCCAAUGGCACUUACGACACGUUUUUUCUGGCUCCUGAAGUUGCAGACCAAGAGCUGGUGACGGAGAAGGCCUCCGUGUACUGUGUGGCUGCGGUCCUGUGGACGGCAGCCAAGUUCAGUGUUCCCCGAGACCACAAGCUGGCCCUGCCUCGCAGGCUCAAGACCCUCCUCUUGGACAUGGCUAGACGCAGCGCCCAGGAGCGGCCGUGUGCGGCAGAGGCCAUCAAGAUAUGCAGCACUUACCUCCUUCAGCGAGGCAUGGACAGCAGGAAGAUUUUAGCCCACCUGAGGGCGUCCACCUGCAAGGUUGACCAGGAGGAGGAGACCAUCGGCCUCCAGAAUGCUCUCUCGGUGGUGGAGCUGAACCCCAGUGCGAUGCCGCCUCCCAGGCCCAGCUCAGGCUUUGUUCAGGUCGGCGGGGACACCAGGCUGGUGGCAGUGCAGGGGCCCGUGCCCACUCAACCCUCCUGCUGCGAAGCGGCCGCCUCCCUGCCGGCCGCCUUCACCUCGGCAGCCACACACUUCAAGCCUAUUGUACUGACACCAGAUGCAGGUGACGCCAGGGACCGGGAGGGUGCUGCGAAGCAGGCUCCCGAGACCCAUGGAGCAGUCCCCAGCCAGCAGAUUCCUGACCAGCUGGUACCGGGUGCCGGACCACAGGGAGCAGCCCCAGAGCCUCUCAGAGAGUCCGUGCUGAGAGACACGGGCCAGGGGAACCCCUGCACCCCUCCCCCUGCCCCGGCCAGCCCGCCGGAGGAGGCUUCACCAGCGAUGCCCGCAUCUUCUACGGCUGUCCCACCCCUGAAGGCACAGGUGCCCCCCACGGAGCAAGGGCCAGACCCAGUAGCCCUGCCUGGAGCCUCUUCCGAGGGCCUCAGGCCUCGGCCCCCAGGGUCCAGUGCAGCCCGCCAUGACCUGGGUCACCCAGCCAAGCCGCCCAGGAGCAAGGCCACUGAGGGCCCAGGCCAGGAGCCGGGGGGUCCCCCGUCAGCCCCAAGGGACCCCUCCCUGGCCAAGGCGAGUCCAGACAGCCCCAAGGGCACCUCGGUCCCAGAACAGGAUGACCAGGCCCCAGACAGUCACCGCGAGCGGCCCCUGCCAGCAGACCGCAAGCUCUGUCCGCCCAGUGUGGACGCCUCACCCCUCCCGAAGAGGACGGCCUGUCCGUCGCUGCAGGAGGCCAUGCGCCUCAUCCAGGAGGAGUUUGCCUUUGACGGCUACUUGGACAACGGGCUGGAGGCUCUGAUCAUGGGGGAAUACAUUUACGCCCUGAAAGACCUCACCUACGCCACAUUCUGUGGGGCCAUUUCGGAGAAGUUCUGUGACCUGUACUGGGGGGAACAGUUGCUGCACAAUCUCUUCCACGUGGUGAACGGGAGGGCAUCGCCCCCGGAGAACGCUUCAGAGGAGGCCGUGUCACAGCCCCAGGGUGACGGGACUAGCGCUCCAAGUGGCUGCUCACUGUCCAGCAAAAGGCCGUCGUUGCACGGGGCGGGGAAGGAGAAACCGGCCACCGCUCGUGUCAGCCGAGCCCCCUGCCCGCCCCCACCACUGUCCGACGUGGACGCAGACGAGCUCUCACGGGGUAACUUUGAGGUGGGAUUCCGGCCUCAGAAGUCUGUCAAAGCCGAGCGGGAACAGCAGCCGGAAGCCGGAGAGCACGGGCAGCAGGGUGGGGGCCCCGAGGCAGUGGCCCGGCUGCCCCGGCCCAAGGACGGCGGCCUGGCCGUGAACCCCGGCCCGGCGGACCUCCAGAGCUGCAGCCCCGGCUGGUGCAGUGCCUUCUACGAGGCCGACUGCUUCGGCGCCGACGUCUACAGCUACGUGCAGGAGUUGGCAAGGCAGAAAGCCGGUGGGGCCAUGGAUGCCGAUGCCCAGAGCCCGGCGUCUCUGCUGGAACCCGAAUGCCGCCAGGAGCUGGAGCAGCAGCUCAUGAUAGAGAAAAGAAACUACCGGAAGACUCUGAAGUUCUACCAGAAGCUCUUACAGAAAGAGAAGCGAAACAAAGGUUCCGAGGUGAAGACCAUGUUGUCCAAACUGAAAGGGCAGCUAGAAGAAAUGAAGUGCAAGGUGCAGUUCCUUGGACUGGUCAAGAAGUAUCUGCAGGUCAUGUACGCCGAGCGAUGGGGCCUGGAGCCCUGCGCCCUGCCCGUGAUCGUGAACAUCUCGGCGGCCCACUGCGACACGCUGGAUUUCAGCCCCCUGGACGAGUCCUCGUCCCUCAUCUUCUACAACGUCAGCAAGCACCCGCGUGGCGGCAGGCAGAGGAAGGCCCGCGUCCUGCAGGCCGGCACGCCCCUGGGGCUCAUGGCCUACCUCUACUCCAGCGACGCCUUCCUGGAGGGCUACGUGCAGCAGUUCCUGUACACCUUCCGCUACUUCUGCACACCCCACGACUUCCUGCACUUCCUGCUGGACCGCAUCAACAGCACCCUGUCCAGGGCUCACCAGGACCCCACCUCGACCUUCACCAAGAUCUACAAGCGAAGCUUCUGCCUCCUGCAGGCCUGGCUGGAAGACUGCUACACCGUGGACUUCACUCGGAACUCCGGGCUCCUGGGCAGGCUGGAGGACUUCCUCUCUUCCAAGAUCCUGCCCCUGGACGGCUCUGCAGAGCACCUGCUGGGCCUCCUGGAGGUGGGCACUGACCGGCGGGCCGAGGGCACCUCACGUGGCACAGACCUGGAGGGCCCCAAGGAGGCAGAGGAGGACACCAGGCCUCUCAACGCCCUCUGUAAGAGGCUCUCGGAAGACGGCAUCUCCCGGAAGAGCUUCCCCUGGAGGCUGUCCCGGGGCAACGGGCUGGCGCUGCCCCACCACAAGGAGCGCCAGUACACCAUCGCAUCCGCCCUGCCCAAGCCCUGCUUCUUCGAGGACUUCUACGGCCCCUAUGCCAAGGCCAAUGAGAAGGGGCCCUACUUCCUGACGGAGUACAGCACCCACCAGCUCUUCUCCCAGCUGACGCUGCUGCAGCAGGAAUUGUUUCAAAAGUGCCAUCCCGUCCACUUCUUAAACUCCCGGGCCCUGGGCGUCAUGGACAAAAGCGUGGCCAUCCCCAAGGCCAGCUCCUCCGAGCCUCCGACCGCCAAGACGUGCAGCUUGUUUCUGCCCAACUACGUCCAGGACAAGUACCUGCUGCAGCUUCUGAGAAGUGCGGACGACGUCAGCACCUGGGUGGCCGCUGAAAUCGUGACCAGCCACACCUCCAAGUUGCAGGUGAAUUUACUGUCCAAGUUUUUGCUGAUCGCGAAGUCUUGCUACGAGCAAAGGAACUUUGCGACAGCCAUGCAGAUCCUGGGCGGCCUGGAGCACCUCGCAGUGAGGCAGUCCCCCGCCUGGAGAAUUCUACCCGCGAAGAUAGCAGAGGUCAUGGAAGAGCUGAAAGCCGUGGAGGUCUUCCUGAAGAGCGACAGCCUGUGUCUUAUGGAAGGACGGCGCUUCCGGGCCCAGCCCACUCUGCCCUCGGCGCGCCUCCUGGCCAUGCACAUCCAGCAGCUGGAGACGGGGGGCUUCACCAUGACUAACGGGGCCCACAGAUGGAGCAAGCUCAGGAACAUAGCCAAGGUGGUGAGUCAGGUCCACGCGUUCCAGGAGAACCCCUACACGUUUGCCCCCGACCACAAGCUGCAGUCCUACCUCAAGCAAAGAAUCGCCCGCUUUAGCGGGGCCGACAUCUCCACAUUGGCGGCCGACAACAGGGCCUCCUUCCACCAGAUCACCAGCGAGAAGCACUCCCGCAAGAUCCAGGACAAGUUACGGAGAAUGAAAGCCACGUUCCAGUAACGGGACGGUGGAUGUGAUGAGAAUGCCAAAUCGGGGACAGGACUGGGGCAGAAAAGAGCCGCCCGCUUGCCGUCCAGGCCCAGGAAGUCCGUGCAGCCCAGCGUCUGCUGCCCCGGACGGGGGACCCCCCAGUGCAGGAGCCAGGGCCCAGCCGCGGCGUCGGGGUGCAUGCCCGGGGGGCUCGGGGGGGUGGAGGCUCGAGGGCCUUGCCGAGAGGGAGAGGAUGGGGGCUCUGGUGGAGGUUGGGGUAUUGCUGCUAGUUUAAAACUAUAUUUUAAAAUUAACACAAAAAUAGAAUAAGUAAACUCCCCAGGAGCCACAUACCCAUUUAUACUUCUUAGAGAUAAACCGCUCUCUGCCAACUCUCCAGGGAUCCCGCCCCCCCAAAACCCCACAGCCACCCACCCUGACUCAGAGCAUUGUUUUCUUGAGUCCGGCUUAUGUCUGCCCAGCAACCAAGGACCAAACUGACCUCUGACCCCCAUGCCAACCAUAGGCUCCAGGGGUGUCCGAAACCUUCCCCUGGGGCCCUGAGGCUUCCUUCCCAGUGGCCCAAGCCCCAGCCUGGGCCCACACUCCUACCCUCAGGCCUCCUCCCACCCCACAAAACCCCCCUCCCCACCCUCAGACCUCCCCCAUACCUCACACCUACCCCUGUCUCCCAACCUCCCGCUCCCCACCCCAGGCCUACUACCCCCGCAAAUACCCCCUCCCCAACCCCAGACCAUCCCCCAAACUCCUCCUCCUCCUCACCCCCAGACCUCCCCCCACACGCAACAUCCCCCUCCCUUCCACCCAGACCUCCCCCAGAUCUCCUCCCACAUCCCAGACUUCCCCCCCAACACCUCACACCUAUACCCAUCUUCCACCCAGACCUCCCUCUCCCCACCCCCUGACCUCCCAAAUUCUCCCUCCCCACCCCCAGACCUCCCCCCACACCCAAAUUCCCCCUUCCUACCCCCAGACCUCCCCCACACCCCCCUUCCCCUGACCACCUCCUUCCAGACCUCCCCUUUAGGGGCCCAGCUCAGCUCACCCCCAUUCCUGCCAAGUGGGGGUGCCUGAGUUUUGCGGCCCUUGCCCCAGCAGGCAGCCCCGCCUCUGGUUGCUGGUGAGGGAGCACCUCACGGCUCCACACCGGCAGCCCCCCAAGUGCCCGCGGCCCCUGCCCAACCCCCACCCCUUAGGACAGUUCCUGGUGAGGCCCUCGAGGCUCUGCUUCCUAGCAAAGCGCACAGGAUACAAACAGCAGCUCCGAAGCCGACUCGAGGCCUCAGGGGCCCUGAGAGCCUCCCCCAGCCCCAUCUGGGGGCCUCAGGCCUGUGGCCCAGGUCCAUCUGCCGCCAGCAGCCAGCAUGCACUGCACACGCCUACGCCCGGGCUCUCACAGCUUGCCUUCGCUAGCGCUCGUCAGAACCGCGGGGGAGGUGACGUCAGAACUCGGAGGAGGUGACGUCAGAACCGCGGGGGAGGUGACGUUCGCCGCCUGGAUGGAACCAAGCUCUUCCCCGAGGCUUGGAUUCCAAACAGCUGGUGUUGAGUAUUUGCUCAGCGGCCAGAAGACCCCUCGGCCAGGUGUACAGGGACCAGGAAGGUGCGGUCACGGCCCCCACACGGGGAGAUCAGGCCCCCUGGCACCGUCCCAGGCGCCACCGAUCUUAGGUUGCACAUCGUUGCAAGACCCAAGGCUGUUCUCUAGAGUCUCAGAAUUGGAGAUUCUUUAGAACAGCCAGCUGUUAGUAUUUCUGGGGAAAUAGUUACUUGUGAUAAAAUACAGAGUUGGUAAUGUCAAGAUGUGUUUCCCACACAAAUUCAUUUGCGACACGUAGGUCCUGCUUAAACGGAAUAUAAGAGGAACUCGGCACUCCCCGCCACGCAAGUUCGGGUUUUUUUCUGGCUUUUAUAUGAGGAUUAUGUUCUACCAAACAACACUUACAUUUUCAGAUUUUGAAUUUAACAAAGGUGGUGUCACAGAGCCUGAAACUGCGGGUCUGGCGCAAAUAAACAUUCCAACCGUAACAGUUUAUUCACGGGGAAGUGACUGGGCUUUCAGCUUAAGCACGAUCGUCUGCAUGUCGCCCAAAUGUCACUGGUACAGAUUUCUAAAUAAAGUCAUUUCUACCAA